AUGCGCUCGCCGUCCGUCCCGGGUGUGCGGAAGCGGCUUGUCUCUCCGUGGGUGGCCGCUUUUGUUGCCAUUGCCGCCGGCGGGCUCAUCACCGCGAUUGCGCUCGUCGUCAUCAUUCUAUACGCCUACUCGCGGACUCAUCCGAUUGUCAUUCUCGGCCUUGCGCUCCUCAUUGGCCUCACCGUAGCAACCACCAUCGGCGUCUCGCUGGGGACCCGGUCGGUGGCGAUUACCUACCCGCUGGCACCCAAGUCGAUCCGCCCGACACCGCGGGCUCCGCCGCCGCCACCUGCACCCGGCCCGCAAGCGCCGCCGCCGCCGCCGCCGCCGCCGCGCCCGCUCCCGGUGCCGUGCAAGGCGUCGCCACCAUGUGCGCCAUACUACUGCGCCAUGGGCACCGGCUUUUGCUUUGACUACUGCGCCGAGAACGACCACUGCAUUAGCGGAUACAAGUGCGAGGGCGAUGCCUGCGUGCCCGAGUCGCACGGAACGACCGGGCUGGAGGAACCAUCGGUCCGCCCGCUGGUGGCGAUAGUCCUCGGGUGUGUCGUUGCCCUCACCAUUUCGUCGUGCAUGUUCUGCAUUCUGUACACCUUGUCGCGCCGGCGGCAUGGCGGAUACGUUCCGCGAUCGCGGAGCCGUGGCUUCCGGCUCAUUGCCGGCUCGAUCUGCAUGCUGCUGGCGGUGGUGGUGAGUGGGGCGCUUCUGGCGAUGACCGUGCCUGUUGAGCCGCCUCUAGCUUUCGACCCGACCAACACGACUGCUGUCCACGAUGGCAGCGGCAAUGGGACGCUGGCCGCGGCCCGGCCACCGCUGUGCGAGGUGCUCCGCGCCGACGUGUGUGCGCCAUAUGUGUGCGACCUGCGGGUCUCGGGCUGCUUUACCACGUGCGACGUCGACGACCAGUGCGUGGCGGGGACGACGUGCUCGGGUGGGGCGUGCGUGUCGAACACCGAGCCCGGCAAGCUCUCUGCACGGCGCUACCCGGCGUGGCUGGCCGCGAGCAUCGCGGUUUCUGCCGGCGUGGUGUUUGGGCUUGCCGUCCUCGCUGCUGGCUGCGGGCUAUGGCCAGUCUCACUCCGGCGGCCGCUGCAUGAGCUGCGGGCCAACGCCGAUGUGCGGCCCGGAUUUAACGCCACGUGCAGUUAUCUCCGCGACCCGGCGUGCUCGCGCUUGGGUUAUCUGUGCGACGUUCGUGUGGCGGCGUGCUUUCCGUCGUGCGAGUCGUCGCUGGAGUGUGCGCCGGAGCACGGGUGCGAGCGUGGCGCGUGUGUGCGGAUCACGUCGCAGCAAGCGGUCAAACCGCUGCUAGGAUCUGCGGUGACGGUGCUGGCGGUGGUGGCUCUGGUGGUGGUGGUGGUGGUGGCGACGGCGUGGCUCGGCCUCGGCGCCAACUGCGCGCAUCGGAUCAUGUAUGGGAUUCCGCUGGAAAAGUCGGCGGCGCUGGUGGUGGUUGGCCUCGCCGCAGGCCUGCUCGGGCUUGUGGUCAUCGGGCUGCCGGUCUCGUACGCGCGCAGCAAGGUCGAGCUCCCGCAGUCGCUUCCGCGAUCGCCGCACGCUGUGUGCGGGCCGCGGCCAGACGACUCGCGUUGCUUUCCAUACGCGUGCGAUCCGCAUGCAGAGCGGUGCCUUGUGGGCUGCCAGACGAACGCCCACUGCGUGACCGGCAACCUCGAGCAGCCGCACCGAUGUGCUCGCGAUGGGCGAUGCGUGGCCGUGUCCGGCUCGACCGCGAUUGGAACGCCUCAGGAUGCGUGGGGUGUGGGCGUGGGUGCCACAGUUCUCACAGCUCUGGUGCUGGUGUUGGUCCUCCUCCCGCGGUGCCGGCGGUUGUACCUUGGCUACCGCGCCCAACGCGAGGAGCAGGUUCGGACCGCGCGACAGGAGGCACUGUCAGAGGAGAUGGCCAAGUUUGCCGACGUGCCGCCGGCGAUGCUUGACGUGGUGCCGGGCGGGAGGCGCGCGAGCGAGGAGGGCAGCGAGGAUAACGAAGAAGGCGAGGCCGACACUGCCAAUGAUGUUCCUCUUCAGGUGCUCGAGUCGAUGUCGCGGUCGAGCGCGAGCGACGAGAGCGCAAGCGCGAGCACAACGAGCGACCACAAUCUGCAGGUGUGUGUUGCAGCAGAGGCCGGUGGGGUAGGCCGGCUGUCGGCUGGCACGACCUCGAGCUCUUUGCUCAGCCGCGACGAGGCAAGUGUGGCGCCUGCACCCGAGUGUGUGGUGUGCAUGUUUGAGGCCGGACAGGUGCAGCUUGUGGGGCCGGGAGUGUGCGAGCACUUGCUCUGCACCGAGUGCGCGGUUGGGACGCUCAAGGCGGUGCUUGAUGCGGGCCAGUUUCCGGCUGUCUGUCCGGGCUGUCUCGCCGAGUCUGGCGCGUCGAUGCGGCCCAGAGAGCUGCCGUUGGCGCAGCGCGUAACCGCCGACGCGGUGGAGGCGCUUGUUGUCGCGGGGGCAGUGGACGAGGACUUUGCGCGGCGGUUCAUCAUCAACAUGGUGCUUGCGGCGCUUCCGUCGACAGAGACGAUCUCGUGUCCCGGAUGCUCACUGCUGAGCUUGCGGCCGGGGCGGGAGCAGCCCGAGGUUGCGGCCAAGCUUGCUUCUAGCUCUGCAGCGAUGCGCGCGCGGGCGACGGCGGCCGAGUGCUGGCACUGCAAGGCCGAGUUUUGCGGUGAGUGCGGCAUUCUGUGGGCGGGCCAUCGUGGUGUCUCGUGCACAGAGGCGGCAAACGGCCGGGGUGGGCGGAUGGAGGAUGUGGCGUCGCGGGAUCUUGUGGUAGCGACAUCCAAGCCGUGUCCCAACUGUGGGGCGCCUGUAGCACACGCGGCGUUCCACGCCUGCCACCACAUUACGUGCGCGUGCGGCUACGGGUUCUGCAUCGUGUGCCUGGAGCGGCAUCCUUGCCCACGCGAGGGACACGGGCUCUUCUGCACCUCCGGCUGCGACUGCGUGGUGUGCUACGAGUGUCGCCCAGGCGCGCCGUGCCCAGCCUGCCCGGGACCGCCCAACUGCCCGGCGUGCGAUCCGCGCGGGCCCAACGCGGCACGGCUGCCCGAGGGUCACCCGUCUCUGCGGAUUGUGGAGGAGCAGGAAGCAGCGGCGGCAGCGGCGGCAGAGGAGACCGGAGUGACCGCGGACGGCGCGGCGCCGCCGCCGCCGCAAGGCGAUGCCAAUGACCCGGUGCGACUCUCGUUUGCGCAGAUGCUCCUCACACUCCGCGAGCUGGUACAGAACCUGCAGCGGCCGGAUGCGCUGGCCGGCGGUGGCACUGGCGACGAAGAGACCGGCGACGGCAACGCCGGUGAGCCCAAUGAGGCUGGGCCGUCGAUCCCCCCGAACAACGGUGUGACACGUACCGACGAGGAGCAGCUGGCGCUUGAUCAGUUCCAGGCCGUCACUGGCGCGCCGCGCAUCUCUGCGCUCCGCCUUCUCCGCAUCCAUGGCUGGGACGUGACCGAGGCCGUGGAUGGUUGGUUUGAAAGCGGCCGCGGAUGAUGAGCUCAGCUGUCUGCAAAGUAACACGCACGUCUCCCCUC